AUGCAUUGUAGCAUGGGGUCUGUAACAUAAAUUAAAAACAAUAUUGUAAUAAUAUUAGUCCAAGUUUUUACUAGUAAAUAUGAGUACCAUGGAGGAGUCAAAUGAAGUAUUGGUUUGUGCUUCGGAGUAUCUAAAAGAUCGUCUCUACUUCGUAACGCUAAGAACCUCUGUGAAACCAAAAUCAACUGUGAAUACACAUUAUUUUUGUAUUGAUGAUGAAUUGGUCUAUGAGAAUUUUUAUGCGGACUUUGGUCCCCUAAACUUAUGUAUGCUGUACCACUACUGCAUGAAACUGAACAAAAAGCUAAGUGCUUUUACAUUAUCGAAAAAAAAGAUAGUACAUUACACAACAGUGGAUCAACAGAAAAGAUUAAAUGCAGCUUAUCUCAUAGCAGCUUAUUCUAUGAUCUACUUAGAUAGAACACCUGAAGAAGCUUAUAGCCCACUCUGUGGUGGUACAAAUCCGCCUCUUAUUUUAUUCCGAGAUGCCUCUUAUGGGGUACCAUUCUAUGAAAUAUCACUGAUAGACUGCUUGUAUGCUCUACAUAAGGCCUUGCAACAUGGCUUCUUUGAUUUCAAUGAUUUUGAUUCAGCAGAAUAUGAAUAUUAUGAGCGUGUGGAGAAUGGUGAUUUGAACUGGAUACUACCAAGAAAAUUCAUUGCUUUCUGUGGUCCACACGCCAAAAGUAAAGUUGAGCAUGGAUAUCCUUUACACGCACCUGAAUCUUAUUUCCCUUAUUUUCGGAGACAUAAUGUUACAACCGUGAUAAGGUUGAACAAGAAAAUUUAUGAUGCCAGCCGAUUUUCUAAUGCUGGAUUUGAUCACAGAGACCUAUUUUUCAUUGAUGGAAGUACUCCUAAUGAUACCAUACUAAAACAGUUUAUUCAAAUAUGUGAGAAUACUUCAGGAGCAGUAGCAGUUCAUUGUAAAGCUGGUUUGGGACGAACAGGAUCUUUAAUAGCUUGUUACAUUAUGAAGCACUAUGGAUUUACAGCCCACGAAACAAUAGCAUGGCUAAGAAUAUGUCGGCCAGGCUGUAUAAUUGGACGUCAACAACCUUGGCUUGAAGAGAAACAACCACAAAUGUGGGCUGAGGGAGAGCUCUAUAGGAAGAAGCACGCCAUAACAGAGUAUCCCAAGCAUGAGUAUGGUAUUUAUAGUCAUGCGAACCAAAACACUCGGGAAAUGGCUAAUACUGAUGAUAAUAUAAAUUCCAAAGUUCGGCCAGAUAAUGUGUCACGAAUCCUACAAAAGGUUGAUACAAUGAAACUGAAUGAUCAAGAAGAUGACAACCGGAAUGUAGAAAGAUCAUUGUUAGCUAAUCAGUUAAUAGAAGAUGCUGCAAACUUAAACAGUAUAACACCAGCUUUAACACAGGGAGAUAAACUAAAUCAAAUAAAGGCCAUGCGCAGACAUUCAAGAUCCGUUAUUAUGACAGCUAUUCAGAAUGAUGAUGGUAGAAUGCACAUGAGAGCCAAAUCUCAACCUUUCCGAAGUGGAAAUUCAGCACUAUCACCCCUAAAAUCAGCCCGCGGUACUUGUACAACAUCUGCAUCAAGAUCAGAUAAUCGAACAGACAACCAAAGCACAGGGGCAGCUGUGAAAAGAUCUUCACGAUCGUCUACAGUGUUGGCCAAAAGUGCCAGGACGUCGAAUCGCGCGCACAUCAGAUGACUAUUAAACACCCCGGUCCCGUCCAACGGCCAAUGCCGGUCAAUGCCAACCGCGGCUUAUAAGAUGAUGCGAGAUAAUUUGGAUUACAGAGUUGAUCAGGAGGGCGGCAGCGGCGAAGCGGGCACCUGUCACGAGGAGCCGAUCAGCUUUGAGGACUACAAAAAUCUACGCAGUUACGUGUUCGACGAGUCCAUAAGGACGCGCGGCCGCGUUUUGGCUCAGAACGCGGCCGACUCGCGGAGGGUCAAGAAAACCGGCGCGUCGACACGGAAAUCGUCCACGAGUCCCGCCCGGGGUCAAAGGAAAACGAGCGUUGCUGCCACCGCUUCAGUGUCCCCGACGCCUGCCAAAAACAAGUUCAAGCGAGCCCUGAGCAGUUCGCCGCUCGAGAAAGACUGCGUCAAAAUUUCGAGACGCGCUGCUGCCGACAAAACGGCGAGAAGGUAGGCUUAUUUGUUAUCUAUCAAAUUUUACGUUCCGUUUCUAUUUC